AUGGCACUGCUUAAGCGAUCAGCCCCCAGAACUGCUCCAGCCAAAGAGAGCUCGGCAAAAAAGGCGAAGAAGGAAAAGCCUGUACGUUCGGACCGGGCGGGCUCUUCAAGUGAUAGUGAAUCCGAAGAAUCCGAACCAGAGUCCGUACAUGAAUCGGAAGAGGAGUUGUUCGAAUUCUCGGACGAUUCCUCGGAUGAUUCCGAAUCUGAGGAUGAGUCUGAAGAGCAGCUCACGCUGCAGAAGUACAUUCCGGUGGUUUUGAGGGAUACCCCCAAGGUAACCCCGAAACGUCGGAUUAUCAAAAUGGACGACCGUGAAAAGUGUAAGCAGUAAAUUAUACUUGAAAAGCACAGAAUUUAAUGUAAUUUUUCAGUCACCGUCAUACAAACGAUUGGAAAAGGCACGUUCGGAAAAGUCGUCAUGGUAACCAAUCGAAUGGUACGUUGAAAACGUUUCUUUCUCUAUUUGAUUGUUGUUUGUAGGGUGAGCGAAAAGCGUUGAAAAUAUUUAGAGGAAGAUACAGCGAGGUGAAUCAGUCCUCGAAAGCUGAAAGGAUGGUGAGUGAAUGAAAUACCAUCAACUUUUGGGUUUGAAUGUAAUCAUUCUAGAUGUUGUGGCGCUUGAGAACGGCGACGCAUCGGAACUUGGCAACCGCUUACAAAGUGGGGCAGUUGGUAACGUGUAUAGCGGGCCACACGCAAAUUAUCAUAAUAAUGCCGCUAUUGGGACCAUCGUUGUUCGACGUGAUGGAGAGAAGUCGGAGAGUGAACUAUGACAAUGAAUAUUCGUUUCCCGUUGAUGACAUCAUUGCAUUUGGGAGCCAAAUGAUCGCCGCACUGAAAAAGCUUGAAGAGCUCAACAUUGUUCACUUGGAUGUCAAACCUGCGAACGUGUUCUUCAGUAAUCCCGAUCUGGAAGUGUCGCUGCAAGCAGUAAAAGACGGACUUUUCUUCACGCACUGCUCGGAUCUGAGAAUCAAAAUUGGAGAUUUUGGAAGCGCCGAGAUUAUUUCUGAAGAUGAUGAGGAGGAAGAAGCAUAUGAGGUCCAGCCAAGGUUCUAUCGGGCUCCUGAAAUAUUCUUAGGUUAGUUCUUUAAAAAAUUAUUUUUUAUAUCUAAUCUGAUCUAUUUUUUGUUUUCAGGGCUUCCAUUCACAACCACCUCGGACGUUUGGUCUAUCGGAUGCAUUUUAUGCGAGAUAUACACAGGAUGUUUGCUGUUCGAUGAUGUCAGCGACCGGCCGCCGCUCGUCUCUCAAUACUUCAUGAUGAAGGCCGUGCUCCAACAGGAGCCAACACAGGAAAUGUUGGAAGAAGCCGAAGAGAACAGGUAAGCAAAUGAACUGGUCAAAGAAGGCAACUUUUGAACUGUUUUUUUAAAGAGAUGACCGAUAUUUGGAAAUCUGCAGCGGUCAAGAAUGGGAGAAGGAUAUCGGGCCAUUCCCCUUGCUGAAGGUGAGUCAAACAAUGAUUUUUUUUUUCUUACGCAUCUCGUUUCAGGAAAGAAUUCGUGAAGGUGAAACCCAAGCGAAAGUUCCCGAGCUGUUCGACUUUAUCGAAUUCCUUCUUGAAUUCGAUCCGUCUGACCGUCCUACUUUCACCGAUGCCAGCAGCCACUCGAUUUUUGACUGA